UCCGUAUCGACCGCCGCCACAACCCUCCAAGUAGCAGCCCCCAACGCAGCAGAGCGCUCGAAUCGCCGCCGCCCGUACAUCGUUCCCCAUUACUCGCACAACCCGACACGAAAAAGUCUCAACAAUAAAAAAAAAGUAUAAAUAAAAUUGCAAUAAACAACCUCCUAGUAUCGUAGAUACAGGUAGCAGCAGUUCAUUCGACCAAAGAAACUUCGUGUUGUUGGUUGGCCGGUCUUCGUGCAGGCCGUCAAGAUUUCCGAGUGUGGUAAAUACUGCGGCCCGGCGACCGCAAACGGCCCAACCAUUUCGUUCAGCAGUUUCCGACAGUCUUUCACCUCCAAUGUCAAUUACCUAAAACGACGGUUCAGCUCCGGGGAUUUAUCCUCGGAGUGCGACGAGAAUGAGUCCCAGGUUGACCCCUACACCAAGGCGCCUCCUGUCACCUCGCAGCCUCAGGCGCCGCCGCCUCCGGCACCGCCCCAGACUACUGUCGCGCCAAGUGCAGGAGCACCUCCGCCUCCACCAAGCUCAGGCGCCGGGAUGGCGGCGGCCAAUUCCGCAGAGCUAUCCUUGAACUUGAAGCCGGGCUCGAAGACUACAAGUGCUCCGAGCAGUCCUGCCAAGUCCAGGGAAUCUCUUCUCCAGAGGGUGCAAUCCUUGACCGGACAAGCUCGAGAUCAGGGAGCCUCGAUCCUCGGUGCCGCCGUCUCCAGCGCCAGCAGGGUGACGUCCUCCGUGUCUUCAGGUAGACACCUGACGCUGAUGGUGAUCGACGACCAAAACACCGAUUGGUCCAAGUACUACAGAGGAAAGAAGAUCGGCGAUUACGACAUCAGAGUGGAGCAGGCCGAAUUCAAGGAGAUCAACGUCACCGCUAACAGUGAUGGGGCGAACGUGUCCAUGGUCGUCUACAGGGGAGGAACUCGCGUCGGUCGCUCCUUCAGACCCGAUUUCCUUCUGGUGAGACAAAACUUGAAGGAUGCGGGAGAAAACUACAAGAAAUUGCUCCUCGCUUUCAAGUUCGGAGAUGUGCCCAGCAUCAACAACAUCAACGCAAUCUACAACUUCCAGGAUAAACCAUGGGUUUUUGGACAUAUGGUUCAACUGCAACGAAUUCUCGGAAAGGAUUCCUUCCCUUUGAUCGACCAAACUUUCUACCCAGAUCAUCGUGAAAUGAUCACCGCGCCGCGGUUCCCGGUGGUUCUGAAGAUCGGCCAUGCCCAUGGAGGAUUGGGGAAGGUCAAGGUGGACAACCAAAACGAUUUCCAGGACAUUGCAAGCGUCGUCGCCGUUUCGAAGACCUACUGUACGGUGGAACCGUACAUCGAUUCCAAGUACGACAUUCACGUGCAGAAGAUCGGCAACAACUAUAAGGCUUUUAUGCGUAAAUCCAUCUCGGGAUGCUGGAAAACCAACACGGGAUCGGCGAUGCUGGAGCAGAUCACCAUGCCCGAUCGGUACAAGUCUUGGAUCGAUAGAGUUUCCGAUUUCUUUGGAGGUUUAGAGAUUUGCGCUCUGGAGGUGGUUGUCGGAAAGGAUGGUCGAGAGUACAUCAUUGAAGUUAACGACAGCGCUCUGACUUUGCUCGGGGAUUCCCAAGAAGAGGAUCGUAGACACAUUGCUGAUCUAGUUGUAGCUAAGAUGAAUGCGAGUUGCAGACCGAGAAGCCCACCAUUCGACGAAGCUGCCCAACCUCCUCCUGUUGGUCCCAGAGGCAUCUUGGGUAGUCUCACCAGCUUAACUUCUACGCAUUCUAACGAAUCCACUACUACUCAACCGCCAGAACAUCCUCCGCUUUCCGGCGUCGGUCGUCGAGACAGUCAAGUAUCGCAGAGCAGCACAAUAAGCAGCGGACCCCCAUCUUCCGUGAGACUCCCGGAGCCACCACCUAGGCCAGGCUUCCAAAGGCAGGGAAGCCAAUCCCAGGCGGUGUCCGAAGAUUCCGAGGAUACCAUGAAGAAUCUGAGGAAGACGUUCGCCGGAAUCUUUGGCGACAUGUAAACCCAGAUGAUCCUAAUGAAUUUCCCUGUUCUUUUCUAACUUCAUUACAUUCAAAAUUAUUAACUAGAGGAUCCAAGAAAGUCGGAACGCACGACGUGUGGCCGCGAUGUUCAAUUACCGAUCGAGUAAUAUAUAAAUAAUUCAUCCACGUUUUUUGGGAGGUAAUUGGAUCGUCGCGGAUUAAAGUGGGAUACGUCGUUGCGACCGCUUCGAUUCUUCAUCGUUUUCCGUUUUAUAAUUUUUAAGGGAAGUUCCGGAUCGCUUGGAAAUUAGGAAUCGAGUCCGCUAAGCAAUAUGUUACGUUGUUUAAUGAAUAUAACAAAAGAAAUGAAAAUGUGUUAUCCACUGCCUACAGGCUGGUACUCGGUACCUUUGUUAUGUUAGUAUAGUUGUUAUUUAACAAUAAGUGUAUGUUACUUGGUGUCUAUCGUUACAUUUUCUUUAUUACUUUCUCUUCUCCUUCAUUACUGUAAAACAAAAAAAAAACGUAUUACU